UUUCUAAUUUUCUCUCUCAUCUCCGGCAACAGAAAGAGAGAAAAAAUUUGAACCAAAAAAUUUGAAUUUCCUAAAAUUUCGAACAAAAUUUUUAUUUUUUCUCACAUUUUUCUUGCUCUCAUUGCUCAAAUUCAGAUCGAGCUUCUGCAAAUUUUAUGCCCUAGAACAAAAAUUGUGUAAUUUUCUGGGUAAAUUAUGUCGACGGAAGAUGAGAAGUUGUUGAAGGAGGCGAAGAAACUUCCAUGGGAAGAUCGAUUGUUUCAUAAGAAUUGGAAGGUUCGAAAUGAUGCGAACAUCGACCUAGUUGCAUUUUUCGACUCCAUUACCGAUCCUAAGGACACUCGGCUUCGUGAAUUUGGGCAUUAUUUUAAGAAAACAGUGACUGAUUCUAAUGCACCGGUGCAAGAGAAGGCGCUUGAUGCUUUGAUUGCGUAUUUAAAAGCUGCGGAUGCGGAUGUUGGAAGGUAUGGCAAAGAAGUAUGUGAUGCCGUUGUUGCGAAAUGUCUUACCGGGAGGCCGAAGACUGUGGAGAAGGCACAAAUGGUGUUUAUACUCUGGGUGGAGUUGGAGGCAGUUGAGGCUUUCCUGGAUGCUAUGGAAAAGGCUAUUAAAGCCAAAGUGGCUAAAGCUGUUGUUCCUGCCAUCGACGUCAUGUUUCAAGCGUUAAGUGAAUUUGGGUCCAAGAUUAUUCCCCCGAAAAGAAUUCUUAAGAUGUUACCAGAGCUUUUUGAUCAUCAAGACCAAAAUGUUCGUGCAUCCUCUAAAGGAUUGACCUUAGAGUUAUGUCGCUGGAUUGGACAGGACCCUGUCAAAUCCAUCUUGUUCGAAAAAAUGAGGGAUACAAUGAAAAAAGAGCUGGAGGCAGAGCUUGUCAAUGUUAGCGGGAUAGCAAAGCCCACACGAAAGAUAAGAUCUGAACAAGACAAAGAGCCCGAACCUGAGGUUGUUGCUGAAGUGGAAAAUGCAGGACCAUCAGAAGAAUCUACAUCCGAUGCUCCACAGGUUAUAGAUGAAUAUGAGUUAGUUGAUCCAGUGGACAUAUUAACGCCAUUAGAGAAAUCAGGAUUUUGGGAUGGAGUGAAAGCUACUAAGUGGUCUGAACGGAAGGAGGCUGUUGCAGAGUUGACAAAACUUGCUUCCACUAAGAGGAUAGCACCAGGUGAUUUCACUGAAGUCUGCAGAACACUCAAAAAGUUAGUCACAGAUGUAAACAUAGCUGUUGCAGCUGAAGCCAUACAGGCUAUUGGGAACCUUGCUCGAGGCUUAAGGGCGCACUUUGCUGGGAGCUCACGCUUUUUGCUUCCUGUUUUACUUGAAAAACUGAAGGAGAAAAAGCCUACCAUCACAGAUGCUUUAACCCAAACGUUACAAGCCAUUUACAAGUCUGGAUGUGUAAAUCUCGUUGAUAUUGUCGAAGAUGUUAAAACGGCUGUGAAAAAUAAAGUUCCUCUUGUGAGAUCGUUGACUCUAAAUUGGCUCACAUUUUGUAUCGAGACUAGCAACAAGACUGUCAUUCAAAAAGCUCACAAGGAUUAUGUUCCCAUAUGUAUGGAGUGUCUUAAUGAUGGGACUCCUGAAGUAAGAGAUGCAGCCUUUUCUGUUUUGACGGCCAUAGCCAAGUUGGUAGGUAUGAGACCUUUGGAAAGGUCACUAGAGAAACUUGAUGAUGUCAGGAGAAAAAAGCUUAAUGAAAUGAUUGGUGGUUCUGAAAGUGGUCCACCUGCUGGUGGAAGCUCAGUCAAUGUGCAAGUCUCAAGUGGAUCUGCAUCUGAGGCCUCAUUUGUUAAAAAGUCGGCAGCAAGUAUGCUGAGUGGAAAAAGGCCUGUUCAGGCAGCUCCUGCUGCCAAGAAAGGUGCUACAUCAAAACCUGCUGCCAGCAAAAAAGUUGAUGGAGGUGGGCAGCAAAAAACCGUGAAAAUUGAACAGGAAGAUGUUGAGCCAUCAGAGAUGAGCCUUGAAGAAAUUGAAAGCAGACUGGGUUCUCUUGUACAAGCAGAGACUAUUUCUCAAUUAAAGAGCACCGUAUGGAAAGAAAGGCUGGAAGCAAUUUCUUCAUUGAAAGAGCAAGUGGAGGGCAUUCAGGAACUUGAUCAGUCAGUGGAGAUUCUGAUUCGUUUGUUAUGUGCUGUCCCUGGAUGGAGUGAAAAAAAUGUUCAGGUCCAGCAGCAAACUGUUGAAGUUAUUUCUUAUGUAGCAUCGACAGCUACAAGAUUUUCCAAAAAGUGUGUUGUUCUUUGUCUUCAUGGUCUAAGUGAAAGGGUGGCUGAUAUUAAGACUAGAGCCCAAGCAAUGAAAUGCCUGACUACAUUUUCGGAAGCAGUAGGUCCUGGAUUUAUUUUUGAUAGAUUAUAUAAAAUUAUGAAAGAGCACAAGAAUCCAAAGGUCCUUAGUGAAGGCAUUCUAUGGAUGGUUUCUGCUGUUGAGGAUUUUGGUGUUUCUCUUUUGAAAUUGAAGGACUUAAUUGACUUCUGCAAGGAGACAGGACUACAAUCAAGUACUGCUGCUACUAGAAAUGCUACGAUUAAGUUGAUUGGUGUCUUGCAUAAAUUUGUUGGCCCAGACAUCAAGGGGUUCCUUACGGAUGUUAAACCUGCACUUCUUAGUGCGCUUGAUGCAGAAUAUGAAAAAAAUCCUUAUGAGGGACCAUCUAUAGCUCCAAAGAAAACAGUAAAAGCAACCGAUUUGUCAUCUGUUCCUGCUGGUGGCUCAGAUGGUUUGCCACGUGAAGAUAUUAGUGCGAAGAUAACACCAACCUUGUUGAAAAAUUUUGAAAGCCCUGAUUGGAAGAUACGCUUGGAAUCCAUUGAAGCUGUGAAUAAAAUUUUAGAGGAGGCCAAUAAGCGUAUUCAACCCAUUGGAACUGGAGAGUUGUUCGGUGCUCUUAGAGGCCGUUUGAAUGACAGCAACAAAAAGCUUGUGAUGGAAGCGUCUUCUACCAUUGGUGGUGUUGCUUUUGCCAUGGGUCUUCCAGUUGAGAAAGCAAGCAAGGGAAUUCUUUCAGAUGUAUUGAAAUGCCUUGGUGACAAUAAAAAGCAAAUGAGAGAAUGUGUUUUAACAACUUUGGACUUGUGGCAUGGUGCUGUCCAUCUUGAUAAAAUGGUACCCUAUAUUACUGCUGCUCUUUUGGAAUCAAAACUUGGUGCUGACGGACGUAAGGAUCUUUUUGAAUGGUUAUCUAAGCAUCUUUCCGUGAUGAAUGAAUUUCCUGAUGCGGUGCAGCUGCUUAAGCCAGCUGCCACUGCCAUGACGGAUAAAUCAUCUGAUGUUCGUAAAGCAGCUGAUGCAUGUCUUUCAGAUAUUCUUAAAGCUUGUGGUCCAGAAAUGGUGACCAAGAAUUUGAGAGAUAUUCAAGGCCCGGCUCUUUCUCAUGUUCUUGAGAAACUUAAAUCUUACGGGGGUGUUCCAGUUUUUCGGCCAUCAGACGUGCAUGAUUCUGCUCAAGUUGCUUCUUCUACAUCACUACCUAAGGGGAGCACGAGACUUGGUAAAACUAGCUCUAAUGCUGGUGGGGAACGUGCACCUAAGUAUGGAGCGAAAUCAGCAUCAUCGAGAGCUGCUCCGGCACGGAGCUCAAGAGCAGAGUCCAUCAUGUCUGUUCAUGAUAUUGCUAUCCAGUCUCAGCCAUUAUUAAAUAUUAAAGAUUCGAGCAAGGAAGAUAGGGAAAGGAUGGUUGUCCGCCGUUUUAAAUUUGAAGAACCUCGUUUGGAGCAAGUACAAGAUCUUGAGAGUGGGCUUGCCAAAUUUUUUAGGGAAGAUCUGAACAGAAGGCUUCUGAGUACAGACUUCAAAAAGCACGUGGAUGGCAUCGAAGUGUUACAUAGGGCACUUCCAACCAUCGUAAAGGAUCUGAUUGAAGUUAUGGAUAUAGUUUUAAGGUGGUUUGUUUUGCGAUUUUGUGAAUCGAACACAACAUGCUUAUUGAAGGUUUUAGAAUUUCUUCCUGAAUUUUUUGAGGCAUUAAGGAUUGAGGGGUAUGCAUUGACUGAAGCAGAGGCAGCCAUAUUUCUUCCAUGUUUGGUAGAAAAGUCUGGACAUAACAUUGAGAAACUACGAGAAAAAAUCCAUGAGCUCACUAAACAAAUUGUUAGUAUAUAUCCAGCAGCAAAACUUUUUCCUUACGUCGUGGAGGGACUACGCUCAAAAAAUAAUCGAACACGUAUAGAGUGUGCAGAUCUUGUUGGUUUCCUUCUUGACAAUCAUGGAGCUGAGAUAAGUGGGCAGCUGAAAAGCUUGCAGAUUGUUGCAAGUUUAACAGCUGAACGAGAUGGUGAAACUAGAAAGGCUGCUCUGAACGCGCUGGCCACUGGUUACAAAAUUCUAGGUGAGGAUAUUUGGAGAUAUGUAGGGAAAUUAACAGAUGCUCAAAGAAGUAUGAUAGAUGAAAAAUUUAAGACAAAGGCUCGUGAUAUGGACAAGAGAAGGGAAGGGAAGCCUGGAGAUGCAAGGGCUGCUUUAAGACGUUCGGUCAGGGAUAAUGGGUCUGAUAUAGCUGAACAGAGUGGAGAAGUUUCAAGAUCAAUUGGUGGCCCAGUUUUUGCCAGGGAACCCUAUGUUCAUCCUGAACUCCAUAUGGAUAGAAAUUCAUUGCCUCGAGUGCAUGCUGGUGUUAGUGGUCCUACUGACUGGAAUGAAGCACUUGAUAUCAUUGCACACGGUGCACCGGAGCAGUCUGUCGAAGGAAUGAAAGUAGUUUGCCAUGAGUUGGCGCAGGCCACAAAUGAUCCUGAAGGAAGUACAAUGGAUGACAUUGUCAAGGAUGCAGACCGACUUGUUAUAAUCUUAGCCAAUAAGGUUGCAAAGACAUUUGACUUCAGUCUAACUGGGGCUUCUUCGAGGUCCUGUAAAUAUGUUUUAAACACACUCAUGCAGACAUUUCAAAAUAAGACUCUAGCUCAUGCGGUCAAGGAGAGCACCCUUGAUAAUCUCAUUACUGAACUUCUUCUUUGGCUUUUGGAUGAACGGGUUCCCCGCAUGGAUGAUGGAGGCCAACUUCUGAAAGCUUUGAAUGUUUUGAUGCUUAAGAUCUUGGACAAUGCCGAUAGGACAUCAUCAUUUGUGGUGCUCAUUAAACUACUAAGUCCAGUGAGCUCCUCAAGAUGGCCAGCACCUGCGGUGAAUGAAUCCCUGAAUGUUAGAAAUCAGAAAUUUUCUGAUUUAGUUGUCAAAUGUUUGAUAAAACUAACGAAGGUUCUUCAAAGCACUAUAUAUGAUGUGGACCUAGACCGCAUUCUUCAAAGCAUCCAUGUGUACCUUCAAGAGCUUGGAAUGGAAGAAAUAAGGAGAAGGGCGGGAGCUGAUGAUAAACCUUUGCGUAUGGUUAAAACUGUGUUGCAUGAACUUGUAAAACUUCGGGGUACAGCUAUCAAAGGUCAUCUCUCCAUGGUUCCUAUAGAUAUGGAGCCUCAACCCAUUAUCCUUGCAUACAUUGAUUUGAAUCUCCAGACUUUGGCAGCGGCAAGGAUGCUUACCCCCACUGGACCUGUGGGCCAAACUCAUUGGGGUGACUCAACUGCUAAUAAUCCAUCUUCUACCACUCAUUCUGCAGACGCUCAGUUGAAGCAAGAACUGGCUGCAAUUUUUAAGAAAAUUGGAGAUAAGCAGACUUGCAGUAUUGGUCUUUAUGAACUGUAUCGCAUUACACAAUUAUACCCCAAGGUUGAUAUCUUUGCUCAGCUCCAAAAUGCCAGUGAAGCAUUCAGAACAUAUAUAAGAGAUGGAUUGGCACAGAUGGAGAAGAAUGCAGCUGCCGGAAGGACACCUUCUAGUGUCCCAUUAGCAACUCCACCUCCAUCAUCACUGAAUCUGUCAUCGCCAAAAUUAGCUCCUUUGUCGCCUGUACACACAAACUCACUUAAUGAUUCAAAAUCGUUGAAUACUAGAGUUGAGCCAACAAGUUUUUCUUUACCCCCAUCAUUCAGUGACGAUGAGAAGACAGCCAAUGCAAUCUCCAGAAGUUCAAAUUUUGAUCACCAACAGCUCCUAGGGGACCAAAGAAGUGACAGACUGGCGACAGGAGUUACUACCGGGACAUUAGAUGCUAUUAGAGAAAGGAUGAAGAACAUGCAGUUAGCUGCAGCAGGUGUAAAUCCAGAAUCUGGAAGCAGGCCCUUGAUGCCAAUGAAUGGUAAUGUCACUCAUAAUCAAGCUCAGCAUGAGCUAGAUGAUUCAGCUGCUGACAACCCGGUUCACAGUGGAGUUCUUCCUAUGGAUGAGAAGGCACUAUCUGGGUUGCAAGCCCGGAUGCAAAGACUAAAGAGUGGGUCAUUUGAUCAUGUAUAGGACAGUAAAAUUGAGGAUCACAUUAUUGAAAGCUGCUUUACCAUCUCACAUAGUGCAGAUCUCGUUCAGUGCCUUUUCUGGGCAGACCUCUGUACACUCACGGAUUUUGUACAUAAGAAUAUGUAACCAAAUUUGAUGGGAAGCUUUACUUGAAUUCCAUGGUGGGUGUAACGGAUCUUUUUGAUUGGUUUCCCAGAAAAGCUUGUUUACGAAUGGUGCAUGGUAUACUGUUAGCUGUAAUCUGUUCAGCUGUAAAAGGCCCGAGGUUUGUUCUUGGGUGAUUGAUGAGAGACUAAUCAGGGAAUAGUAUAAGAAAUUUUUCUUCCGCUAACCAUUGUGUGCAAUGAUUCUUGUAAACCUUACAGCUUAUCAUUUUGUAUAUGAUAAUUGACAUUAUCUUUUGUUACAGAUGUAUCUUUAUGAUGUAACUUAAUGAAAAGUUUUGUUUUGUGUUGAUGCAACUAUUU